AGCUACAGUACUAUCGCCGCGUCAGAUGAUUAGCUAACUAAUAGUAAAAACACUGUUAUAUCAUUGACAGUUCUCCUCUCUUUUCAGCGUUACGAAACGGUGUUAGUGGUCAAUAAUGUAUAUUGGUCCGUUAUUUACACUUUGAAGCGUCUCUCGCAGCGUUGAUAAUGCUGAAAAUGAAGCUACCGAUGAAAACGGGCGAGGAAGGAGGCGACGAUACGGCCGAGGACGAUUCAUUUGAUCACUCGGGGCACCAACAUAUUCCCAGGGCUGUACCUCCCUCUUCGGGGUCUGACAGACUGGAUGAGUCGCCCAGACCCAAUGUAUACCCAUCCCAGCUGGACAAGGAGACUGUUUUUGAGUGGUUCGGCCUACAUCUAAACCCCGCUAAGCGGAUCGAGUUCAUGUGCGGGCUGUUACAUAUGUGCCAACCCCUGGAGCUCCGUUUUUUGGGAUCGUACUUGGAGGAUCUCGCUAGAAAAGACUACCAUGUUUUACGGGACUUCGAGUUUCGGGCUAAUAGUCCGAGCGAUCUGGGAGUUUUAACGGACGUGAUUGACCCAGUGGUUAGAUCCAAACUCCUAGUCUGCCUGUCCCUCCUCGGGUCUGACAGCAGGGAAUGUGCUGGAACACUCUUUCGGAUACUGACCCAUGUAGAUCCGGCCUUGUUCUUCAAAAAUUAUGACUACACCCUCCCUCCAUUCAGGGACGCUCAUCACCACUCGUCCUAUCAACCUUGUCAGGACGGGAAUGUGUACGGGCGGACUGAGCAGAACUGCGUCUCCUCCACUAACGAAACAGCGGCAGGACCCCUGGAGCAGUUGGCGCUGCUUUUUACCAUGGCCUCUCUACACCCAGCUUUCCAUUUCCACCAACGGGAGAUGGUCCGAGGGCAGCUUGACAAAAUCGAGCUCGCCAUAGCGGAGGAGAGACAUCAAAGUCAUCUGAGAAUAAACGCCCAGGCAACGGAGCUGACGGGUCAGAAGGCAGAUUACCUGCCUUCCCCAGCAGGUUUGGGGGAAUGUGCGGCCUCCUAUCCUCCAUUCCAGAGCCGGCGCUCCAGCCGCUGGGCAACACAAAGAGAAGCGGUGCAUAUAGAGGGAAUUGUGCUCAUGGGCAUCUCUCGGACCAGAAUAGACAAGGAGUACAAGUUUGAGGUGAAGUGGUCAGACUCUUCUUCUACUACUGUGACUAAAACCCAUCUGGAACUGGAGAAUUUCCUUCUUAAGCUUCCUAAGGAUCAGUGUACUGAGUCUUUUGAGAAAAGCAUCCUGCGGCUUCUGAACCAGGGGGACCAGAGUGAGAGCAGGGAUGUGGAGAAGAACCUCAGGGAAAGGUUCCUGUCUGCUCCUCCCGUCUUCAAACAGACCAGAAAGGUCUGCAGCUUCUUCAAUUGUGACUCCAGUUACUCUACAAAGCCUACUUGCUGCAGAUGCAACUGCCAGCUGGGUAAGGCCUACCAGGGAGACUGCUCUGAUGCCUCCAGUCAGGAGGAAGAUUUAGAGUCAUAUGUUCAGGGACACAAGAAAAAGCAUGGGACCAAGAGUCCAUGUCAAGGCCUCUCUAGUGCCAAGGGCCCCCAGGAUAGUCGGAGGGGGGGCCACGCUGCAGAGCUCAAUGGUCCAGCAGAGAGGAGAAAGGGCUGUGCACUGAGGAGCAGCCAGGAGGCUGAACAGCACCCGGACGGCGAGAAGAGAAGCCACCCAGUCACUAAAGCAAAGGGCAGAGGCCUGCCCACGGACAGGGAGAAGGGGAAGGGAAAGGGUGCUCCCUUUGUAGCCAAUGGUCGGUUGGUACCAGCGCUGUCAUCUCAAAGGAAAGAUGGAGGUUCUGGUCCGGAUACCUUUGGUGAAACCUCAUCAGAAAGCUACAGCUCUCCAUCCAGCCCUCAACACAGAGGACCAGAGAGCAUGGACAGUGAGGAUGACAACAACAAAGACACAGACAGCCACUCUGAUGACUCCAGCAAAGAUCCGGGCCCAGACAUGUUCUUUGCCCACCAGACUGAUCCAGCUGUGGUGGGGGAGGUCUCCUCAGUCCACCCUUUGUCUUCCAAGAACCACCGGGCCCAGAUGGAGCCGCUCUGCAGGGAGACCAACCCAGAUUUCCCCCCUCUCUCCCUCUCCCCCUUCAUGCAUUCGUUGCCCUUUGUGCUCCCCAACGGGGCCGCUGACCCCCCACUUCCACUGGUCCCUCCUCCCAGCCAAAGCAUCGUCCCUGACGUGAAGCCAUCAUCUGGGACGCUGAUGAUGCAGAUGCCCCUAGUGCCUUCAGCUGCCCCUGGCCCUGGAAUUGUGGGAGAUCCAGAGAAGAGGGACAUGCUCCCAACUUUUGGGAUUCCACCCAUUGGACUCCACCCUUCAGGAAGUCAGCCAGUGGUUCAGAGGUUCAAAACAAUUUUGCCUCAUAGCCAGGGUGCCACUGACGGAGUUCCAGGGAGUGGCUCUACCCCUGCUGCCCCGCAGGCUUCACACCAGGUUCCUGUAAGAGCUAUCAGCGUCAUGUCCUCGGGCCCGGCAUCCUACUCCUCUCCUCUUCAGCAGUCUCUGCCCUGCCAAGACCCGGCCAGUGUCAGCUCAGGCCUGGCCUCCUCCCUGCCACAUGUGGAGACUUCACAUGCCAAGCACCCCGGCUUAACCUUACCGUCUGGCCUGCCUUCUUCCUACACCCUGCCCCCUGUCCCCACCUCUGUCAUGCCUGCUGUAGGAGCACCUGCAGCCACUGGAAUAGCUCCAUCUCCUGGACAUGUACAAGCAGCUGUUCCUCCAGCUGUGCCCACCCACACCCCUGGACCAGCCCCCAGCCCCAGCCCAGCGCUUACUCACAGCACGGCACACAGCGACUGUACAUCGUACAGCAACAGCAGUGCUUCCUGUGGAAGUGCCACUGUUGCCCCUGGCAACCCUGUUACUCUUCAUCAAACCCAGCAGCAACAGUUACCCCCCCAGCAGCCAACACCACAACAACAACAACCACAGCAGCAGCAACCAAUGGGCUGCGGGACCUGCGGUUGUCACAACAACUGCGGCGGCCGAGUCAACGUCAGUAACAACAACAGUGUCAGCGGUGCUUCCGGCUGCCAGGCGCCCUUGUUCUUCACCGCCCACCAGAUGGCAGCAGCACGGCAGGUGUUCAGCGUCCCUCCGCCUCUCUUUCAUCUCACAAGCCUGUGCAAUAACAGUUACCUCACCCAGGCCCAGCCUCCUCACCAGGCCAACGGUGCUGCCACCCUGUCCCCCUUCUUCCCCACCGCUCCGCCUCCCGCACACCCGCCCCCCUACGGCCCCCUCCACACUCACUCUCACAGCCAUGCGGACGUGCCAUCGCAUAUGCUCAGCACCCAGGCCGCCGCGGUGGCGGCCGCCGCAGCUGCAAACUACAACCUGCAGCAGCAGAUGGCGCCGGCAGCAUCGUUCUGCCAGCGUGUCUACCAGCAUGUGUACCCAAAUACACUGGGUAUGUUGCCUGCUGCUGCCCUGGGCGGAGGUGGAGUCAAUAAGAAGAACGGCAACGUGUCCUGUCAUAACUGUGGCGUGAGCGGCCACUAUGCUCAGGACUGCAACCAACCCUCCAUAGACUCCACACAGCAAGGUGGCUUCCGGUUAAAGUACGCAGCCUCCCACGUCUCAGAAGCACUCGACAAUGCCGACUGAAGAAGAGGAAAGGAUGAAGAGGAGUUCCGCCGGUCUGGUUUCCACAGCGAUGGUCCUCUGUUCUUCCCCAGGCGCUGUGUGUGAGCAGUGCACUGAAGCGUCCGAGUACUUCAGGAAAAAGAAAAAAACAUUCUCAAAAAGAAAGAGCGACCUGCCAAGGGCUUGAUGGACAAAGCCUAAGUACUUGUGCCUGAGAAAAUCUUGUUCCCAUGGAGAUGAUUCAGUGUCUCGUGCACACCAACAGUCCACGUGACUCCCGGUCCCUUCCCCUUCAGUUUGUUUUUCAUACUUUUGCACUGAGGGUUGGAAAUGGUUAACUUAUUGCUUAAUUAUUAGGAAGUUCAGAGAUUUCAGGUAAUUUCUUUCUGUUUUUACAUUAAGGAGACUAGUCUCAACUGAAAAAGGCUCUUAUACACUUAUUUCUAAAAUAGCAUAUUUAUGCUUUUUCUGUUGCUGUUCACUUGUGAUUUUAUCGUCUGACAAAAUUGUACGGCAGUUUUUCAAAAAUUAAAACAAGAAUCAAGACAAGUAAUGCGAGCAAAGUUUUGCUGCAAGGUUUUUGAAUGUACAUCUCGUUAAAGGAAUCAGACUGAAUCAAAGGGUAUCGGUCUCAUGCGUUUUGCCACUUGAUGUGUGUAGUUGGAAGGUAAUUGCUGCUUUGUGAUGUUAUUUUAUUCAGAUGUUAAGAUUGUUUUACAUAGUGAGGCAGGAAAACAAGUGCACUAAAAGAGUCCACACCAGAACAGGAUUGAUUCAUUCUCACUAUCAAAAUAUAGUGUGUAUAUACUAUAUUUAUAGUAUAGUAUAGUAUAUAUAUAUAUAUGAGCCAAUCCAGAACUUAAACCACAGAUACUGUAGAAAUAAAAUGUUCACGAUAGUCAGACCACUUCCCUCCCUGUCACUGCAUUUGGUGAAGAGCGACAUACUUUGACAACUUGGAUCGGGCUACGAUUCCCACAUAGAGACCAGAAUGCCCUGGCUCGAGUCACUAUUCUAUUUUGGACACCUUCAAGACAGGAUUUGCAACCACUGCUGGGACGAUUCUGAAAGCCUCAGUUUGCUUCAUACCAUCCACGAGUAAAGGCAAACGUUUUUCUGUCCCUGCCUCCAGAUCUCUACCUAAGAAUUUGUCAGCCUGAACACUGAGUCGUCAUUUUGUUUUGCUCAUUUCAAUCAGCCUGCAGAACACUUACUGCGUCAACACAGCUCUAGUUUUCAUGGAUGCAGCUAGCUAGUUAGCUUUGUGGGAAGAUCAAGUUCUUUUGUUGAAUUUCAGCCACCUGAACGUUAGCUACCAUUAGCCACCAUAUGCUAUUGUCCACACCAGUGGCAGCAGUCUGCGUGAUGAACACCUUUGGAGAAUUAAACAUAAAAUGUCACACAUAAAUGAUUGUAGACGACUGAACGAGCUCUCUGUUGGAAGACUGACGCUUUCAGAACACAACUGUUUGAUGUUGUUGGGUGCUUGUUAGGGAUGUAGACCGUCAAGAUAAAAAAAAAAAAUGUUUAAAUGUAGUAAGUACAGAAAUCAGCUGUUGCUGUCAUCAGUGUCCAAGGCACAAUGCUACAGAGUGGAGCCAGCUUCACACCAGUCUGUGGACUAAUUGAUGGAGGGUUGACAAACAGAGUCAGAAUGGACAGCAGACCUCACAUUAGACGGAGUCAUCCAGACAUUUCCUUCCUGCAGUCUUGCUGUAUUAUUGAACUGUGUUUAGCUGACAGCUGUAUUUGUGUGUCAUAUCACCUCUUUAACAGUGAACUGUUUGCCGCUGGGUCCGUUUAAGCCUAUAGAAGAGAGCAGAGUGUUUUGAAGUUGAAACACUGACGAGGGCAAUAACUGACUUUUCUGCACUUGUUAAUUAAGUGAAUAACUCUGAAAUAUCCAUGUUAGGAUUUUUUUUCUGUUCAAAAUUUAAGUGAUUUCAGGUGUCUGACAAGCCUGAUAAAUAUUUGACUACAACACCUGAAUUGGCAAAAUGAUCCAUACUGAAACAAAGAGCUCAUAAAUGCUCUUUAAGGGAUUCAAAAAAGUAUUUUGGAAACAUUUGAAAUAACAAAUGGAGGCAAUGUGUAAAACCAUGGAGCCCAAAGUGCACAGUAUUAAAUGAGUAAAGUAAAUGUAAUGAACAGUAAAUGAAACAAAAGUUGAUAAUUCUACAACACAGUGUUGUAGAAUAAUUAAUCAAUUGAUAAAUAAUUAACUUAAGAACCAAUUAAAGAUCAACUAAUUGCUAGGAAAUGUCAUUUCAUCACUACUUGAAGUUGUAUAGUUUAGAUUUAUGUCAUGUCAGUGGUGUUGUCACCCUCAGCCAAUCACGUGGCCCCGCCACUCAGAAGCCAGCAACUUCAAUGAUACUGCUACAAUAUUUAGCCAGUUAGCACCUCUUAGCUGGAGUAACAUCAAUGCUAAAGUAAUUCUGAAGCAAACAACUAGUCAUUGAAACUAGCAUGUCUAUUUUUUUUUUUUUUUUUGGCCUAGCCAGGCAGCUCAUGCUACAUACCCAGCCAGGUACCUAGCUUGGCGUGUUGUGUGCUCCAUUUAGCAUCAAAAUGAAGAGACGGUGUUAACAGCAGCUAACAUUAGCUGGUUAAUUCAGAGUUUCAUCAGCACCAUUUUGUUAGUAGGCCUGCUCGCACUGGCCAAAAGGAGCUAGUUAGCGUAGCAUAAUUUGAGUUUACAAGAUGGCUAGUUAGCUAACAUGAGCAGCCUGUUGAGCUAAGGGUUUAAAGCUAAAGAGGUUCAGUUACUGUGCCUGUUUAUUUACCGCAGCAGUUAAACAGUUGACUCAGAAUUACUUUAACAUUGUUGUUGCUCUUGCUAACAAACGCUAAGUGGCUAAGUCUGGUGGCAGUUAAUGAACUGGCUAGUAACUGACAUGGAGGGGGCUCGGGAUUGGCUGAGAGGUGAGAGGGGGGUGACAUGAAAAAAGACCUUUGAAUGAGUGUAUGUCUACUUAAAUUACAUUUCAAAGUAAUUAAUUGACUCAUUAUUACAUUUUACAGUAUUUAUCUGUUUAUUUAACAGUAUAUUCUGUAUUUAUUCAGUACUGAACACUUCAGGGUUCCAUAUGAAAAAGCGUUUUAGAAGUUAGCAAUCUCAUAUUUUAAAAUAACUAAACAACUGGCCUGUUGAUAGUGAAGUGUGUACUCUAAGAGCUUCUGUGGGUGUUUUCAGUCCUGCCUCUCUCGGAAGAUUAUAAAAAAAUGUAUUGCUUUUUUGUUUUGUUUUAAGCCAUCAGAUUUCCUAGCAGCCUCACGGAUGCCAUUUCUUCUCAGAGAUGCUCUCACCUGUUUAUAUUCUAGUUUAGCCUAAUUAAGGUGGUAUUUUAUGCUUUCCUCUGCUUUGUUUGUCCAGUUGUGUUGUUCUUGGUCAGGAGAAAGUUUGUGUGUGUGUGUGUUUAUUACCUAUUGGUGACCUUUUCCUAAAUCAGUAGUCCUCAUGGGGAGCAAAGUCUGGUCCUUUCUGACAUCCUUUCUGAGGUCCUGGUGAAGGUUAGGGUUACGCGUGAAUUGGUUUUGCCUAACAGUAGAUCAGGAUUAGGUUGCCCACAAUGAAUGGAAGUCAACGCAAUGUCCUAACAAGGAUAGCUGCGCAAACGUCUGUGUGUGUGUUUUGGAGGGCGUCCUCAGGCUGCUCUUUGGUUGUUUUCAGGGCUUUGAGGACGAUCUGCCUGUUUUUGUGGUUUUGUCUGCCGUUAUCAACCUAGCAUUAGUUCAAUUAAAAUCUAUGCAUACACACUUGUUUUCCUGAAUGCUAAAACAUGACUGUCUGGAGAUGCCAGUGGUGGAGAAUAUGUGAUAUUUGAUGUAAAUCUGUAGAGGAUGCACACCUUCAAACACACUGCUGUAAGAUCGGACCAUGUCCCCAACUGUUUCCUAAAGUUCUUUUUUUUUCAUUCGACACUUGAAGCGGAUCUCAAGAUCCUGCGCUGGAUCCUGUGAUCACAAGCAGUGAGAAGAUGUGGACCAGACAGAGUGUGUGGAUGAAGAGGGAAGUCUAGUGUACAUACUGAGGACGCACAAAACAACCCACAUGUAGUUUUGUUCACCUUGAUGGUUUGAAAAAUGCUGUACUGUACAUUUGCAAGGGGUCACUCUGCUGCCACCCUCAGUUGUAAUGUUUACUGUACUCUUUGAUAUCUCUGUACUGGAAAGGUCAAAUAUAUUUAUAGAGUGGACUUUGGAUUUUAUGCAAAUUGUUGAUGUUUUUUUCCUGUAAUUAAAAGCAAUAAAUACAAAAAUGAUAAGUGAA